CGUGUCACCUUCCUCGGGGCACCAUGGGCUCGUAAGAUGCCUUCCCUGUGGAAACGGAUCACAUUCUCGGUGGCCUCGGUGCUCUGUGUCGGCUCCGCGGUCCUCUUGGUCGUGGCCCUGGCCACGGAGCGCUGGGUCACCGGGCACAUCCUGUGUAAAACCGGGGCGGAGAUAGUGAACGCGUCCCACCCGGAGAUGGAGCAGUUCAUCGGGGACAUUUAUUACGGCUUGUUCCAGGGAGGGAAGAGCAAGAGGUGUGGGCUCGGGAAGAGGCGCUCCAAAAUAUUCAUUUUCCCAAAGCUCGUGCGGACAUUGAACAGUGGCCUUCAUAUGAUGGUGAUCCUCUUCUUGCUGGUGGCCAUUGGCUUUGCUCUCGUCAGUCUGUCUUUCUGUAUUUACAAUGCACGUAGGGUUCCCUACCAGAGUAUCAAGGGCCACAAAGGACUCUAUCUGUGGAACCUAAUUGCUGCUCUUUUUGGUGCUCUGGGUGUUUUGUGUUUCCUGGCAGCCAUGAGACACCACAGUCUGACUGAGCGGGUAGCAAACUACCAAGAGAACCUCUUCGUCCUCGUUGUCCUGGACGACAAACUGGACUGGUCCUUCUGGCUGGGUGUGGGCAGCAUUGGGACUCACUUUGCUGUCUGUGGUGUCGUUGCAAUGAGUCGCAUCAAGCUGCCCAAACCAGAGAUCAAGAAACCUGAAGAGCCCACCAUCUCUGCUCUGGACCUGCUUUACUGAGGGACCAGACAAGGAGCAUCACGUUAGCACGUCUGUCAUUUAUGAUUGGCCUCUGGUCACUGACACAUAGCAGUGUCCAACUGACAUUAUAAACCAUGAAUAAAAGGUAAUUAUACUGUAUAUAAUUCCAUCUCAUGACUGACACGACAAAGAAACAUGAUUUAUCAAUGAGAGGAAUGACAACAAACAGGAUGAUAGUGAAGCAAAUGAAGAUUCAAUGAACAUCCAAGUCCAAAACCUCACAUUUUCCUCUGUGGAUUUUACUCCGUAACAUCCAAGAUUCAGAUGAUUCUUCUGAUCAGACAAGAAUAAUAAUAAUGUACAAAAAAUAAAGCACCAUGUACAUAUUACCUUAACUGUUUAAAUGUAGAACAUAUGGAUGUGGAUUUUAGAUGAACAAUGUGAUGCUGCCAAGCACAGCCUGCAUGUGGACAAAUAAACCUUCCUUUGUGACAGGAACUGAAAACAAAAUUUCCACUUAUGUGUAUGCUGGAGGUUUUCAGAUGAACACUUUUAUCUGUUAUGAAAAACUAAAUAUAUUUUCCUCUGAAAGGAAGCCCAGUAAUGAUAACGUACAUCACCACAGAAGUCACAGCACGCUGGAAAACACAGGACACUCUAAAAACAGUCUUACAUUGUAUAUGCUUCAAAUAUGAAAUCACUGCUGUCUAGAACA